UUUGACGGAACUUAUGAGCAACAAAAACAAAGAAAAUUACUACAUAGAGUCUACAAUGAAAGAUGGAACCAAGAAAAAAAAAAAGAGGGUUUUUUGUUCAUCGUCACUAAGAUUGCACUACAAUUGGUGUUCGUCACAUGUAUUACCCAUGCCUGAGCCACCAGCAGUUUUAGGCGCAGAUGGUUACUUGAAUGAUAAUUAUUCGAACCAUGUCUAUUAUGACUCGACUUGGAAUUCAUCAUCAAUCCUGUCAGUUGAGGAACAUAUGCAGGAUGGGUUUGACUCGCAUCUAUCAGGCUACCUGCGUUGGCUUGAUGAGAAAGUGGCAACGGAAAAUUCUAGUGGUAAUAAGAAUAAUUGUGAUGCAGAUGAUAUGGAAGAGAUUGAUAGGCUUGCUGAUAAGUUCAUUGCAAGUUUUCAUGAGAAAUUCAAGCUGGAAACGCAAGAGUCUUACAGGAAAUAUCAAGAGAUGUUAACGGAUGGUAGAGGAAAAAUAUCCGUUAUCCGGUAAGUCCAACGUAACGGUAACGUUUUUGAAUUUCCUAUUUCCGCCGGAAAUUAACGGAUAACGGAUAUCCGCUAACUUUUAAUG